GUUGAUCGUCUUGGUCGCAGAUGAGCAGAGAGAAAACAUUGGAGGGGGAGAGAGAGGGAGAAGGGGGGGCUAGAGGAGCAGUGCCUUGGGCAGACGAAUUAUGCAUGCACUAGGCGAGCGCUGAGAGAAUGGCUGUGGAAGCUAUCCAUUGCAAUCUGAAUCCUAAUGGCAUUGAUCGUCCUGUCCACACAGAAGAUAUUAACCUGUCACUUGAAGGUGAAGGAGUUGAGUUGCCCUCGCGUAAGAAUGAUAAUACUCGGAAGGUGCUUGAGUCAAAAGGGACACCCAAGAGACAGCAGGUGGAACCAGAAACAUCUAAGUCUGGUACUGUGAAACUGACAAAGCCAGUAGCUCUGUGGACCCAGCAGGAUGUCUGCAAGUGGUUGAAGAAACACUGCCCUAAUCAGUAUCAAAUCUACAGUGAGUCAUUCAAACAGCAUGACAUAACGGGCCGUGCAUUGCUGAGGCUUACUGACAAGAAGCUUGAACGAAUGGGGAUUGCCCAGGAGAGCCUACGACAGCACAUUUUGCAGCAGGUGCUUCAGCUGAAAGUGAGAGAAGAAGUCCGAAAUCUACAAUUACUUACACAAGCCCCAACAGAGACUUCUCCAUAAACACUACCAGCCUCUAAAGCUUCUGUCCUGCCAGGUGAUAUGAAAGUGAACUUUACUUCAUGAAAAGCAUAACAAAUGGCACUGCCAGAAGGUGACCAGGGAGAACUGAAAGAUUAACUGAAAUACAACCAUUCAGUCAAGAUGAUGCAUUCUGGAAAGUCCUGGUUUGCUGUGGAAUUAAAAUGUGGUGCAUAAAAUACAGUGCUAAUUUGUUCAAAGUGGUCAUUGACAGACCAUUAGCUGGAAAAUUGUUUCCAGUUUUCAUCACUGUGCAUAACUUUGAGUUCCCUUUAGGGGACUAUCUGUGCCCUUCACUAGAAGUCCUGUUUUAGCAUGGCAACUACUGGAUUAUUUUAUUAUAUAUGCAGAUGGCAUGAUGAUGUUUUAGGAAAAACUUACAGCAGUUCUCCAACCUCAGUAAAAAUGUUCACAAUAUAACACCCCCAAUAGAAAUGUAAACGUCUUGUAUAUGUUAGUUAUACAGUCUAAUGGUAUUCUGUUUAACUAUAUGUGAUCUCCACACAGAAGAGUUAGCACAUUCUAUACCUGUCAGGAAUGGUCUUUUCUUUAUUUCAAUACUAAAAUAUGUUUCAGUAUCUACACUGAGACUGUAUCUAAAAUAGAGCCCAUACUUGCAUAUAUUCACAGAUUCAUGGGAGAUUGCAUAGAUAGAUUUGCUCAUGGCAUGUAUGCCACUAGACAUAUUUUAUAGAGACUUACUGAACAGCUGUUAUGAAGGUAGCCAGGAGUAGGGGAGGUUGAAUGAGCUGUUGGACAUGGUGUCUGCUGUCCCCUGCCCUCACCAAUAAACCAAGCAGUCUGCAUUUCUGUUGUGCCAAUGUGAGGUUCCCAUUAAAUUGUAAAGGAAAAGAUCCCUUCUCUGAGAUGCAUUAUGCCAAGGGCUUUGAUCUACAUUAAACACAGGAGAAACUGGAGAAAUUCUGAUUCUUCUGCUAAUCACUAUUUUUUGGGAGUGGGGUGGUGAAUUACAACUUGCAGAGUCCAAACAAAACCUCUUGAAGAUUGUAAAGAGUGACAGGUGGACUAGAUGCUUCCACUCUGUACAGCUCCUCAUAGAGGACAGACACCUCCAUUAACAUUUCCUCCUCUUUCUACCCAAAACCCUUUUUUUAGUCUGAACUGGGGUUAAGGUAAAUGGUUCUAAUAACCCUUUGGGCAUUCUGUAGCAGGCUCAAGACUGUUGCAUUCAAACUGAGCAUUAUUUGUUGUUCAGUCUCUAAGUGGCUGACAUCAUGGGUUGUGUCACAGCUGGCUGUGGUACAAUUUUCAUCCAUGGGAAAUUACGGGAAGUACUUUUCAUCCCACCCCUCACAUUGGGGCCUAUUUGAAACAGACUGUUUACAAUGAAGUAAAUUAAAUAGUCAGCAGCAUCACAAGGGACCAGCCUGGUGGUUCUUGCAGUUCCUAAAUCAAAGAUGGCACUUUGGGUAGCCACAAAACAUCUUUCUCUUCAGCCUAAUGAGCCAACACUUAAUCCAUCUGCCAAACCUGUAGAGAACCUUCCAUGUUGGAGACUUAGAUACCAAUAGUGGAGGGAAGAUGAAUCUUAAUGGGAUUAUAGGAAGACAAAGGGAUAUUUUUGAGGGAGUUCAUGUGGUACACUUUUAGAAGCUAUUCUAUACACUAUUAAUGAUUGUAAGAUCAACCAGUUAGAGCACCAGUGCACCCAAAAUGUAUAUUUUUGGCGUGGAUUUCUGUCAGAACUUUUUACCCAUCCCUGGUAUGUAAACAGUAUAUAUACUUUUUGGACGAAUAUAUAUAUAAAAAGAAUCAGGCUCAGCAUGUUGGCUACUGUAUAAUAUCCAUUUAGAACACAAUUAUAAUUAGUUAUGGCCAAGAUUUUCAAAAGUGUCUAGUGAUUGUUGGGUGCUUAGCUUGACACCUUAAAGGAGCCUGAUUUUCAGAAAAUGCUGAAAACCAGGUCUCUUUAAAGUUUCUCAAAUUGGGCAUCCAGAACUUUCAGGCAUCCAGAAUCACAAGUCACUCUUGAAAAUCGUGGCCUUUCAUUUAGAUUGGUUAGAAAAACUCCAAUAAAGGCACAAGAAUAAUAUCCUCUAAGUGCGAAGUUGCUAGAGCAAUACUUUUGCAAUGUGCACUUUUUAGAGUUGCCCAUAGAAUUGCAAGUUGACUGUUUUUAGAAAUUGGUCAUGUGCAUUGCAGAAUUUCAUUAACAGUUUUAGCGCAUUUUAUAGGCCUUUCCUAUUGUUCUGUUUUAGAAUGAAUUCUGGGAACUGAGAUCAGUUCCUAGGUCACUUAUAUUACUAUUGCUGUUUAAAAAAAAAAAAAAAAAAGUUUAUCAGUUUGUUUAAAACAAAACAAAAAGAGAAAGAGAGAGAUACUUAUAUGUUAAGGAUCCUCUUUUACUAUACUCAAGUUUACUACAUAGUAAUACAUUCUAGAAUAAUUCAAAUGAUAAAGUUAAGAUUGUCACAGAUGGUUACUAUAUGGGUGUGAGAGAAAAAGAUGAGUUAGGUAAAAUGUUUUUAUAUCAAUGUUAGUUUUAAAUGUCUGCUAGUACAUGGGCAUGAACUUAGAUGUCUGAACUAAUCCUCUUAAAACAGUUUGUUUUAAAUGAUUCCCGGGGUUUAGUUAGGAGGAUCUGGGAAAUACAGUGUUAGAGGCACUGAGAAAUGUGAAAAGAAGGGUCAAGUCUUGGUCCAGCUGAAUUCAGUGGAUUUUCAGAGAUUUCAGGGGGCCACUGUUUGACACUAUGCUUGAAACUUACUUAGGCCUCAAUCCUACAAAGACCUAUGCAUGUGAAAAGACUUCAAGCAUAAGAAUUCUCCCACUCACGUGUGCAAGUGUCUGCAGGAGCAGGGCCAUAAGGAGCUUACUGUAUGUUUGAUUUGUAUUUAACUAGUCACCACAUUUAAUCACUGUUACUCUCCGAAAGUAGGCCAUGCUUCCUCAGGGAUAUUUAUGGAAUUAUUAUACAUCCACUGAACAAUUGUCUGAAUCCCAACACAUUCCUCGGAAAAGUGUGUAAUAUAAAUAAGGAAGGGGGUUACGUUAUUGUGAAUGGAGCUGAGUACUGUGUUGUGAGAGAGGCUACGGAACGCUUUCAUGUUUUUAUGCUGACACCUUAUUAAUAGCAGACCCCUCCACUUUUCCCUGGGUCCCAAGAAUAGAUCCAUGGAAAGAAUGCUCUGUCUACAGUCAUAAUUAAUUUAUUGCAAGGGUGCCAAGACUAAGCUAACAUGAAAGGGAAGGAAUAAAUUCAUUCCUGCAAAAGGAAGUGAAUUUAAAUAUGCUCAUAGCCAUUAGUUCUAUGUAAAAGCAGAGUAGGAGACUAAUGCCAUUGUGUUAGAAUAGCAGAUCUCACUCAGCCAUGUGUGUGUGAGAGAGAGAGAGAGAGAUGAUGGUUAAUUUAAUAGUGUGGGUGGGUGUGUACUUCGCAUUAUCACUUAGUAUCAUCAUUAAAUUUACCACUGUGACACUGGCAAUUGACCUACCACAGACUUGACUACUACCUCUAAAAUACGGGUAAACAAUAAUAGUAUCACUAUCAGAAUACUCCUGUCUCAGCACCCAGUCCUGCAGCCUUGCUCCCAUGAAUGGUCCAGUUGCCUGCUACCCUUAUUCAGUAAGUAAAGGCUGCAACAUCAGACCUUCACUAAGGAGUUUUCACAUAGUCCAAGCCAUCUUAGCUACUUCAGAUAAUGUCUUUUCUUAUACUAGAAGGGCGAAGGAAUCAUCAGCCUACAUUGGAAAAUAUACUACAGAUGAAAAUAUGUUAUGUGCUUUUUAUUCCCUAUUUUUAGCUAUAUUGCUUGCUUUGUCUGAAACUGUCACAUAAUUGAUUUGUUAAGAAAGAUAAAGUCUUACAGGCAAGAAGCUUGCAAAAGCUCUGUUAGCUCUUUGGUUUUGCCAAUCCAUCUGUACCCAAGUGCAUUAGCAGAUUUAUUCUUUGCACUAUUUUCCUCUCUAUUUUUAAGAGUAAUUUUGUGACUUUACAACUAGACUUAAAGCAGCUGCAGACUAUUUUAAAGAGAGGCUAACCUUUGAGAGUGACAUUAUUCUUUAUUCUGUAAGGGCUGUGGGGCAGAUCCCCAGCUGGCAUAAAACAGCAAAACUUCAUUGAAGUUCUUGGAGCUUCACUGAUUUAUGCCAGCUGUAGAUCCAACUCCAUUUUGCUGUUUUUUCUUAAAACAAAUAUCAAAAACACUAGAUAGCAAUUUUUUAAUAAUUGACCUCACACAUGGAAAAAUAAAAUCUUGCAUUUUACCUCUGUCCUCUAAUAACAAAUAGUAUCUUUGUAAACUCAAUCUCAAUGAAAGCUCUCGAUACCUGGCUGUGGUACAAUUGGUUCUCAUCUCUAGACUGUGAUCAAUAUAAGAUUUUAAUGUAAAAAGAAACGGGUCCUGUGGUUUAAUGAGGGUUGAUAGAGUCAAAGAAGCAAGAUUGCUGUUGACAUUAUCUAUAGUAAACUUUAGGAAAGAUGUUUUGAGUACAAAACACUCCAAUACAUAACAAAUGAAAAAAUGGGGAACCUCACAGCAAUGUGUACAAAUCAGCAGUUAAGAUAUGCAGAUGAUUGAUAAGGGAAGCUAAAGAUAUCUAUUAAAUAUCUUUGGUCAGUAGUGUUAAGGAUGAUAAGAAAAGGAAUUCUUUAAAUAUAUAAUGAACCACUGAAAUCUUAGCAAAUUAUCUAGGUCCAAUACUAGCCAAAUAUGGUAAAAAUAUCAAUGCAGGAAAGGCAUAAGUAUUCAACAAAUAUUUCUGUUCUGUGGUCAGAAAGAAGCAGAAUAGUGUAGUCAGAUCUUACUGUGAUAAUUAAAUACUUCCUAUUCCAUCAGUCACUAGAAAGAAUGUUAAUCUGCAACUAUUAAAGAUAAAUGUUUAAAUGUGCGGGACUGGAUAGCUUAUACCCAAGAGUAUUAAAAAAAAAUUGACUAUGGAGCUCUCUGAAUCAUUAAUGUUGUGGUUUUGUUUUUAAACAGAUUUUAGAACACGGGGGAAGUUUCAGAGAACUGAAAAAAAACCAGUGUUGUGCCCGUAUUUAAAAAGAAAAAAUGAGAUGACUUGGGAAACUGUAGGCUGGUUAUCAUGACAUUUAUCCUGGGCAAAAUCAUGGUCAGGUUGAUGUGGAAUGCUAUCAGCAAAGAAUUUAAAAAUGUUUGCAUAAUUAACACCGAUAAACAUGGUUUUAUAGAGUUUGUCAAACAAACUUGAUAUCAUUUUUGUGAAAUGACAAGUUUGGUUGACAAGGUAACAAUGUUGACGUAAUGUACUUAGAUUUCGGUAGGUCAUUUGACUUAGUCCUGCAUUGUAUAAAGUGUAGUUGUAGCCGUGUCAGUCCCAAGACAUUAAAGAGACAAGGUGGGUGAGGUAAUGUCUUUUAU